AUGGCGAGAAAGAGUAAGGGACGACAAAAGGUUGAGAUGGUGAAGAUGAAUAAUGAAACCAAUCUCCAAGUCACUUUCUCCAAACACCGAGCCGGACUUUUCAAGAAGGUGAGUGAAUUGAGCACUCUAUGUGGGGCUGAGAUUGCUAUUAUCAUCUUCUCACCCGGUCGAAAGAUCUUUUCUUUUGGUCAUCCUUGUGUCGAGACUGUGUUGGAACGUGUUGUUAGUGGUAAUCCACCACAAGCUACUUCUGGAACCAUGAAACUCAUUGAGGCUCAUUGGAACGCUAGUGUCUGUAAGCUCAACACUCAGGUUCUGAACCAACUCAAAAUCGAGAUGAAGUGA